CGUGUAGAGCGUAAAAGGUUGGGGCUAAAGAAAUUCCAGCGUCUGUCUUCUGUACGUUGUCUUGUUCUGCACUGGAAACCCGUUUUCACGACAAUAAAGGGGGCAAAAGGACAAAGUCCCGAGUAUGAUACAAAGCGGUAAUUAAUCCAGGCAUUGCUGCAGUGCCGUAACAGACAGCUUUCGCCAGUUAGACAGCAAACAGCUUGAGAGUGCGUCCUUUUCUAUUUGUUUUGUGCCAAUCCAAUUCAUCAUCGAUAGAUAGAUAGCUUGUAUCAUAGGAGGAGGCUGUCGUCUGGUUAACCUAAUAACCAACCAACUGACUGAGGGAUUCAGCUCAUGGCAUUCAAGAGCUCAGGAAACAAUCAUCAAGUUAGUCGGUGACACUCGCUCUGAAGAAAUCUCUCGCACUCUCUACGGUCUUUUUUGCCACACGAGACGUGCUUUCGGUCGCUUUGCUCUGCCAUCGAUUGUAGUCAGACUAUUAGAAGAAGAAGAAAACGACAACAACUCUCCAGAGGAGUCAUUGUGGAUCUCUCCUAUCCUCUAUUGGUGUAUAGUUAGAAGAAGACAAUCGAGUCGAGUAGAAGUCUGUUCGAGUUGCUCAGACUGCUCAGCCAUUUUUAAAAGACAACAAUUCAUAUUCCACACAGACAAGUCCAGUUUAUUAUUACAAGAGAAGAACAGAAGAAAGAAUGAAGCUAGGAUUUUUCAAAAAGUCGAGUGGCAAGAAGAAAACGCCAGCUCGUUCUCGCAGUACUGGUUCGUCGGCCACCAACAGUGCCACAGGUGCUGGAGUAGCUGGAGGAGGAGGAUCGGCCGAACAGUCAGCGGCGCCGACAGCGGCACCCAGUGGUCCUGGUGCUACCAGUGUUGGUGGAUCCACUACCGUCUUUCGAGUGACAGUUCCGGAAAAUGUACGUCCGGGUCAAGAAUUCCAAGUCUACGCCGGAAAUAGAAUUGUACGAGUCCGAUGUCCUCCCGAUUCGCGACCCGGCCAGUCACUCCAAAUCACCGUCCCCAUUGACCCUGCCACGGCCGGUAUGAAUGGAGGAGGAGGCGCCACCAAGGCGGGUGCCACCGGAGGAGGAGGCGCCGGAGCAAGCGGAUCGAAUUUGCCACCCGAUUCUCCCAAUGUCCGCAAAAUCAACGAACCCGGAAACAUGGGACCCGAUGCCUACAUGGUCACCAUUCCGGAAGGGGUCCGUGGGGGACAGCAAUUCCCCGUUACCAUUCAAGGACAGCAGCUCAUGGUCACUUGUCCGACCAAUGCGAGACCUGGAAUGAGUGUCCGAAUUGUACCACCUCCACCGCCCACCGAUGUCACGGAAGCACCCGAACGACAGCAAGCGGCCCAAAAGAAAAAGGAAGAAAAGGAAAAGACACAAUUAUUCGAAGUCGAAGUACCAAAGGGUGUGCAACCUGGAAAACCAUUUGCGCUUCUCGCCGGUGGAGUACGAGUACUCGUCACGUGCCCCGUCAAUGCCAAUCCGGGACAACGGAUUCGAUUCAAGUUGCCAUUGGCGUUGACACAAGCGCCCAAACCGACCAACGAAGCCGCCGCCAUCAAGCUCAAAUACGACAAGGACGGAUGGACCAGGACCAUUCGAGUACACGAUAUGAAAUUCCAAUGGGUACGUAUGGACGACGCCGGUAAUGUCGAUACCAACAAACGAUUCGAUCCCGAAAAAUCUGCCUAUGUACGAAAGCUCGAAUUCCGACCGGGAGAAGAUCCAAGACUUCGCACCGGUGUACUCUCGUUAGUGCCAGCCACAGAGUCGUUUGUCGACUCCAAAAUCAAGGACGAACGGGGUUCGGACGUCGUCGGAUACGCCGAAAUUGCCGAAGCACAAGUCAAGAAUUUCGAAGAAAAGGCACAAUGGUUCCAAGACAAGUGCGGUCUACUCCAUGUCGAAUGGAACGAAGGUCAUAUGCGCAUGAAUGUACGGCGUCAGCUGUUGCUUGGCGAUUCGGUCGAUGCCGUCAUGUCAUUGUCCCGCAAAGAUUUACGAAAAUUAUGGCGCUUUGAAUUCAUUGGGGAAAUGGGCAUUGACGCUGGAGGGCUGGCCCGAGAAUGGUUCCAAUUGGUCACGGAAGAAAUAUUUGAUCCGGAUAUGGGAUUGUGGCAGUCCAGUGAAACCAAUCAAAUGUGCAUGCAAAUCAAUCCAGCCAGUGAAUUCGUGGAAGACUACCUGGUGUACUACCGAUUUUUGGGCCGUGUCAUGGGCAAGGCGCUCUUUGGUGGCCAGCUGGUGGCGGGGCACAUGGUGCAGUACAUUUACAAGCACUUUUGCGGAUGGCCCAUUGCCUUUAGGGAUCUAGAAGCCGUCGACGAGGAGUACUACAAUAACUUGAAGCAAUUGCAGCAGUUGGCAGAUUCCGGUGAAGAUCUGGAAAUGCUCUGUUUGGAUUUCACAACCACACAAGAAGUCAUGGGCGUCAAGCAGGAAGUUCCACUGGUGGAAGAUGGAUCCGAAGUGGAAGUCACCAAUGAUAACUUCCCCGAGUACCUAGAGGCAUGUCUCAAAUACAGAAUGCUGGAGCGAGUCAAACCGCAACUGAACGAACUCAUUCUCGGGUUCUUUGAUGUUAUCCCGGAGCCCCUGUUGACGGUCUUUGAUUUCCAAGAAUUGGAACUGCUCAUGUGUGGACUGCCCACGAUUGAUAUGGAAGAUUGGCAAGAAAACACAGAGUAUUCUGGAGAGUACGAACGCAUUGGAGCCGAUGCUCCGUCGGUGCAGUGGUUCUGGGAGGUCGUCUCCGAAUUCGAUCAAGAAAUGAAGGCGCGUCUCCUGCAAUUCGUCACCGGGACAUCCGGUGUCCCAUCGAGAGGGUUUGGUGUUCUACAAGGGAAUGACGGUAACAUUCGAAAAUUCACUAUUCAUGGAGUUCCUGUUGGAGUGUGUCUCUACCCUCGUGCACACACCUGCUUCAAUCGGAUUGAUUUGCCCCUAUAUGAGUCGCUGGAUGAUUUGAAGGAGAAGCUGAAGCUGGCCGUGACAAUGGUCGCCACAGGAUUUGAUAUCGAAUAAGCGAGCGUUUGUGGUGGCUCUUUCCAUGUAUGUGUGGUGUGCGGUGGUCUGGAUGAAUGCGAGAAUGGAGCGGAGGAAUUGGAAUCGGUUUGGAUUGGAUUGUUUUUAGAACUCGUUUUUUCACGGAUCACAAAAGAGACUUGCUUUUUAGGAGUCAGCUACCCGCCUGCAGGCUGUGUGUGGUAUGAGAGAGAGUUGUCUUCCCCCCAUUAUAAUGAUUCAGUAAACUAUUCUACAUAUUAUUUUAAAAGCGAAUUCAAUUUGAGGCC